AUGUCGCUCUCGGACCUUUCAACUGAAAUCGACGAGAUGAUCAUACAAUACCUCCCGCAUCACGCCCUUCACAACCUGACGCUUACGAACAAGUACUAUCGCAAGAUAGCAGAGGCACAACUUUACAGGAACAUCGAAGUACGCAGUCCAAACAUCCUCUCCGUACCACGUCUCCUAUUGACUCUAAUCAGCCGCAGAGAGCUCUCACAGCACAUCCGGAGCUUCGCCUUCGAUAUUGCUAACGAGCAAUGGGAAGCAGACCUUCACUAUCUUAGCUAUUACGAUCCGAGCAAUACCAUCGAGAAGGUCAGUAAAGACCUCUCCAAAAAGUCAUCGGAGGUACAGCAUGCUCUCAAGGAACUCGCAUUCCCAUUGAAAGAGCCUCUGUUUGACGUGACGUGGUACUACAAUGUGUCCAGAGAGAUAUGGACUAUAGAUGCUUCGCUGGCGCUUAUACUCUGUCUCGCAACCAACCUCGAGCAUCUUCGGCUGAUGAACAAGAGUUCUGCGAUCAUCGAAACCGUCUGCCCUGCACGUUGGCAACGGCUCACCAAAAGCCCGUCCUUGGGAGUCUGGCCCUUGAAAAGGUUGAAGAGCCUAGAUGUAGCCCUUGGAAAGGAAGCGUCUAUCCCAAUAUUGGCACCUGUCGAGACCCUGAAGGUCAACGGCAUCUGUGAAUACUACAAAAACGGCGGCAACCAUAACUUCCAAUGGUCAUACAGAGGAUCUAAAAGGACCGCGGUUUUGCGCAACUUGGAACUGCGAUACAUCGAUUUGCAGCCGGAUCAGCUUCAUCGCAUGUUGGAACUACCGGAAAUGCAUGGUAUACAGCACCUGAAGAUGGUGAAUGUCUAUGUUGAAGUUCUAGGUGAUUACGAUCAUCGUCGAUUGAACGGACCAUUGGCUGACUUGUUUCCGUCACUGAAGACUUUCGAAUGGACUGGAUAUCACAGCGGAGAGUUCAGACCAUUUGGUAGCUUCAGGGAACUCGUGCAAUUGGAGGAGCUCACUCUCGGCUUCGCUUACAUAAGACCAGGCGGUGUUAACAUCUUUACUACACCUACGCAUCUUCUGCAGCCCAAAGAGUCCUUUCCGGAUAGCUUGGUGGCUCUCACGAUCACAGAGAUGCCGCGUGCAUUUCUGCAUGAUCUCCAGGUCACCUGGGCGGCGUCUCCUUCGCGGAAUUGUCUUCUUACAACUGCUAGGUCCCUUGGUCUUUCGAAGUUCGACUUGUAUCUUGACCUGGAGGACCGGGUUGCCCAUCCUUAUACCGAAUCGAUCAAGAAAUUUCUUGUCGAAUUGGUGUCCGCUCUGAACGACCACGACGCGUCGACUGGGCUUGUCCAUUGGGCACGUGGCCCGGAUUAG